CUUGGAGUCAGGCUGUCUCUCUGCGCCUUGUAACUUUGGUCUUUGGAGUCCAACAGGCUGGGUCACUACUUCUUCACAAAUGACCGGUGGUAUCUGAGUCCACAACUGGCUGCUACAGUAUGACCUUCCACUGACCCGCUCUGGAAGAAGCGCAGCUUCCUCAUGUGCAUCCUUUUCUUUAAGUUUGACCCACGACCUGUUUCCAAAAAUGCAUACAGGCUUAUCCUAGCAGCGAAUAGAGAUGAAUUUUAUCUAAGACCAUCAAAAUCGGCAGACUUCUGGGAUGGCAGCAACGAGAUCCUUAGCGGCUUGGAUAUGGAGGAAGGGAAAGAAGGCGGGACCUGGCUUGGAAUCAGCAAGAAAGGCAAGAUGGCGGCCCUGACAAACUAUAUGCAGCCGAAGAUAGACAAGAAUGCAAAAGGGAGAGGUGCCCUUGUGACAAACUUCUUGACGACAGAGCUGGACAGUUACUCUUACUUGAAGAAAGUUGCCUCGGAAGGACACCUUUACAAUGGAUUUAAUUUAAUAGCGGCGGACUUGAACACCACCAAGGGAGAUGUAAUUUACUAUUACGGAAACAAAGGAGACCCAGAGCCUGUCUUCCUAAAUCCCGGGGUUUAUGGCUUGAGCAAUUCUCUGCUGGAUACUCCAUGGAAGAAGCUUCAGUUUGGAAAGCACCUCUUCACAGAUGUUGUCAAGCGCAGUCAAGACCUCACCAAAGAAGACCUGGUGCAAGAGCUCAUUAACGUCAUGAACAACCAAGACCCACAGUUGCCAGACCCUGCCAUUGAGGAUCAGGGAAAAGACUACAUCCUCCCCAUCCUGGACAAGUAUGCGGCUAUAUGCGUCCGUUGCCCAAAUUAUGGAACCAGGACAAACACCGUCAUUCUCAUCGAUGCCGGAGGCCACGUCACUUUCACCGAGCGCACCAUGCUGAAUGCAGAUGUCGACCAGUGGAAAACGAGCACCUAUCAGUUCAAACUGCAGAUUUAACAGCUUUCCGUUUUAAUGGAUCACAAGAAAAGGAAACGAGAACACACUAUUGAAGUCGGGGUGGGGGAGGUCUUAGAGCAAACGCUCACGAAUGUCGCUGUGGCAUACCCUAGCAACCACCAAAACCUUUUUGCACAAAAGCCAAAACAGUUGUUGUUUUCUAAAACGUGGCUAUAUGGAAACCAAGCUUUGCAGCGGUGGCUGUGUUAGACUUUCCAAAAGGACUCUAC